AUCCCAUAAGUCCUUUCAUCUUCGUCCGGACGCAUUUUGAAGGCGGCUGAAGGCUGGUAUCUGUGUUUGAGGCGCUUUGAAAUCAUUAUGUUCGGACAAGCUGUUCGGCGUUUUACUACUUCUGCGAUCCGUCGCUCCCAUUAUGAAGAAGGACCAGGGAAGAACCUACCAUUUUCUGUUGAGAACAAAUGGAGGCUCUUGGGCAUGAUGGUGGUCUUCUUCGGCAGUGGAUUCACCUUUCCUUUCAUUGUUGUCCGGCAUCAGCUUUUGAAGAAAUGAACAAUUCAAAUGCAGUUCUUAGCAGGUCUGCUCUUUGAACAUGUUCAUUCUAUGGAUGUUUCUUCUUCAAGAAGAAUUAUGUCCCAUUUCACUUUGUAAAUAAAAUGAAAUUUAAAAUAUUA